AUGGGGGGAAAUAGCUUGACGGGUAACAUUCCCACUGAAAUUCAGAAGAUGUCAAGCCUUGUGGAAUUAGAUAUUUCUAUGAAUGCAUUAUCAGGAAGCAUUCCGUCCUCUUUAGGAAAUUUAACCAAGUUAUACAGACUCUUCUUACAAGGAAAUAAUCUUAAAGGCGUCAUCCCUUCAAGCUUGGGAGAUUGCCAACAGCUGAUAGUAUUGGAUUUAUCUAAUAAUAAACUUAGUGGCGCAAUACCUCAACAAGUUAUUGGCCUCCCGUCCUUAUCAGUGCUUUUGAACUUGUCGAUGAACAACCUUACGGGUUCUCUUCCGAUGGAGGUUGGAAAGUUGAAGAGUCUAGGUGUACUGGACGUUUCUAAUAACAUGUUAUCCGGAGAACUUCCUAGUAGCCUUGGUUCAUGUGAGAGUUUAGAAGUUUUGUACUUGCAAGGCAACUUCUUCAAGGGGCCUAUUCCCUCAUCUAUGAUUGGGUUGAAAGCCAUAGGAGAAUUAGACCUUUCUCGCAACAAUUUGUCGGGUGAAAUUCCAAAAUUCUUAGGGGGCUUUGUCUUCUUGAAGAAACUAGACCUAUCAUUCAAUGAAUUUUGGGGAGCGGUACCAACUGGAGGAGGUGCUUUUAAAAAUGCAAGUGCGAUUUCAAUUACUGGCAACACCAAGCUCUGUGGAGGUAUUGCUGAUCUGCAACUGCCCAAGUGCAAGUCCAGAAAAGGAGGAUUAUCUCGUAGCUUGAAAUUAAUAAUCCCGUUAGUACUUUCCGGAGUUGCUCUUCUUGGAAUAGUUAUGGUGAUGUCCUAUUUCUUCCUCUGUUCGUCAAGAAGGAAAAGGAAAGAGAUUCCGUUGAGCACAUUGGCGAACCAUUUUUUGCAAGUGUCAUAUGCUACUCUUCUAAGAGCUACUGACGAGUUCUCUUCGGCUAAUUUGAUUGGGGCAGGCAGUUUUGGGUCUGCGUACAAAGGAAUUCUUGAUGAUAAUGAUAAACAUCAACUUGUUGCUGUGAAGGUGUUCAACUUGUUACGCCAUGGAGCAUCGAAGAGUUUCAUGGCCGAAUGUGAGGCUUUAAGAAACAUCAAGCAUCGAAAUCUUGUCGAGAUUAUAACUGCGUGUUCAAGUGUUGACUUUCAUGGUAAUGACUUCAAGGCUCUGGUUUACAAGUACAUGGACAGAGGAAGCUUAGAGGAGUGGCUGCAUCCUCCUACUGAAAUUGAAGAGGUAAGAGAGGGACCCAAGAGUUUAAAUCUAGAUCAAAGGCUAGAGAUUGCCAUUGAUGUUGCUUGUGCAUUGGAUUAUCUUCAUAAUCAUUGCGAAACACAGAUAGUUCAUUGUGAUCUCAAGCCAAGCAAUGUUCUUUUGGACAACGAGAUGACUGGACAUGUUUCUGACUUCGGACUCGCAAGAUUUCUCUCCCAAGAAACUGGUAUUAAUGUUUCCAACAAUCACACAAGUUCCAUUGGAAUAAAAGGAACGGUUGGUUAUGCUGCUCCAGAGUACGGUAUGGGAAGCGAGGUGUCAACAAAUGGAGAUGUCUACAGCUUUGGUAUUCUUCUGUUAGAGAUGUUCGCAGGAAAGCGACCCACCGACGAAAUGUUUAAUGGGGACCUAAACCUUCAUACUUAUGUUAAAAUGGCUUUCCCUAAUCGAGUUAUGGAGAUUGUAGAUUCAACACUUUUUGAAGGAGGCACCAACGAGAGAAGGGUUCAAAAGAUUGAGGUGUGCUUGAAUUCAAUAUUUAGAAUUGGAAUUGAAUGCUCUGCUGAAUCUCCAACGGACCGUCUAAAGAAUAUCAGUGAUGCUGCAUCUGAGCUGCAUUCCAUUAGAGACGUUCUUCUUGGAUAG